GUAACUCCGUUGUUCUGAAUUAUUGCGAUAUUUUUUUAACUGCUAAGAAUUCGUUUGGAAGAAAAUUCUAGUUUGUAUGAAAAUGAGCGUUUCAAUUUAUGAAUUUAAAAACAUAAAAAAAAUUGAAUUUUACGAUGAAAAGUAUUCUUUCGGUCUUAAUAUCAGUAUGAUUUAAAGCGCAAAAAAAAACGAUACUUUUUAAAUUUUUGCGUAAAAUAAAAUCAAUAUGUGACAUUUUAUAUCAUGAUGAAUUAUGAUUGAAGUCACGACAUUCAGAUAUUUGAAAGUGCAAUUUUUGAUGAAAACAAGCGCCUCUUUCCAAAGCACCCUACUGUUGUCAGUUUGGAAUACGGCCCUGCUGCAGCCACUUACGCGGCGGUAAUAACUCUACGUUGUCGCGCCGAACUUAGUUACUCGACGAGUGUCGGCAGAAGUGAGUGUUUCACGCGUUCCAAAUAGCUAUACGCGCUUUUUCAUUUUUUCACCAAAGAUUUUGAGUUUGUCAAAAAAACAAGGAAUACAUAUUUUUCAUAUAGUUUUACACGCGUAGAAAUAUUAUCCGUACAUUUGCGGAUUAUAUAUAUAUUUUUUUACUUUUGAUUUUUUCUUUAUAUAUAUUUUCCCUACAAACCAGAAAAAACAUUGUAUUAGGUGAUAACAUCAUACUUUGAAAAGACAUUUAAAGAGUCGCGCGCGCCCGACCAAUGUGUAUUUCGUUUACUUCAGUUGGUAAGACUGUUCGGAAAAUUCGGAAAGUGAACAGGUGUUUUUUGAAUGGAUUAGCAAGAGAGAGAGUGGGCAAAAAGGAUGCGUAAGGAUUCGGUGAAUGGUGAAUGAUCGGUGAAUUAAAGAAAAUUUACAAAUGAUCAAGACCUUGAAAAAUGCGCAUGAAUAUGGAUUUAGAUUCGGGUUACUGAUCAAAAUGAGGUGAGUCUUAGGAACGUAACCUCAGUCGUAUAUGAGCGGUGUGUACCUGUAACCUCGCAAAGCGAAAAGAAGUUUUUGUUGUUCACAGAUAAGAUCUUGGAAGGAUAAAAUAUGCAAAGGAAAUAAGGAUAUAGUUAGCCACAACGGCAAAAUAUUGCAUAAUCUUGAAGGUAGAAUUAAAAUUUAAAUAUGCCACACCAAUUUGGAUUGCCCACAAUGGCUCAUGGCAUGCAGUCUCCUCCAUCACCGACUUCAGUCAUGUCGGUGUAUCCUCGCUAUGGCUCAGGCAUGUAUAGAUCUGAUCAUCAAGACCAGAGACUUACUCGUGAAGCAAUGGAACGUUACCUACGUGAUCGAAGUGACAUGGUGAUUGUAAUUCUGCAUGCUAAGGUAGCACAAAAAUCAUAUGGUAAUGAAAAGCGAUUUUUCUGUCCUCCACCGUGCAUUUAUUUAUUUGGUGAUGGUUGGAGAAUGCGACAAGAACAGAUGCUUCGUGAAGGUGAAAGUGAACAAUCAGCUCAACUUUGUGCUUUCAUUGGAAUUGGCAAUUCUGAUCAAGAUAUGCAACAACUUGAUCUCAAUAAUGGAAAACAAUAUUGUGCAGCAAAAACAUUAUAUAUUUCAGAUUCUGACAAAAGAAAGCAUUUUAUGCUCUCUGUAAAAAUGUUUUAUGGAAGUGGACAUGAUAUUGGUGUAUUUCACAGUAAAAGAAUAAAAGUAAUUUCCAAACCUUCCAAGAAAAAACAAUCUUUAAAAAAUGCAGAUUUAUGUAUUGCAAGUGGUACAAGAGUAGCACUUUUUAAUCGCUUAAGAUCACAGACUGUAAGCACACGUUAUCUCCAUGUAGAAAAUGGUAACUUUCAUGCAAGUUCCACACAGUGGGGUGCAUUUACCAUUCACUUAUUAGAUGAUAAUGAAAGUGAGUCUGAAGAAUUUCAAGUGCGCGAUGGAUAUGUUCAUUAUGGUAGUACAGUGAAGUUAGUAUGUUCAGUCACAGGAAUGGCAUUACCACGGUUAGUAAUUCGCAAGGUUGAUAAGCAAAUGGCCAGUCUUGAAGCAGAUGAUCCGGUAUCACAGCUUCAUAAAUGCGCCUUCUAUAUGAAAGAUACGGAUCACAUGUAUCUUUGUCUUUCUCAAGAACGUAUUAUACAAUUCCAAGCAACGCCAUGUCCUAAAGAAGCAAAUAAAGAAAUGAUAAAUGAUGGUGCUUGCUGGACGAUAAUUAGUACAGAUAAAGCAGAAUAUCAGUUUUUCGAAGGCAUGGGACCAGUAAGAUCGCCUGUAACACCUGUACCACUUGUCCAUAGUCUUCACUUAAAUGGUGGUGGAGAUGUUGCCAUGCUCGAAUUAACUGGUGACAAUUUUACUCCUAAUCUUCAAGUAUGGUUUGGAGAUGUUGAGGCAGAGACAAUGUAUAGAUGUCAAGAAAGUAUGUUAUGUGUUGUACCUGAUAUAUCACUCUUUAGAGGAGAAUGGUUGUGGGUACGGCAGCCAACACAAGUUCCAGUUUCUUUAGUGCGAAAUGAUGGAAUUAUUUAUGCAACUGGUUUAACAUUUACUUAUACUCCUGAACCUGGUCCACGUCCACAUUGUCCACCUGCAGAUGAAAUAAUGAGAGCUCCACGUGCCAUGCACAAUCAAGCUAGUAUGUCAUCAGCAAUAGCUGAUGUACCAUGGAAUACACAUCAACCUCCGCAAUCAGGCCUCUGAUGUUCUCUAGAUAAUUAUAAUAUGAACCAAAGUCUAAAACAUAGUGAUACAAAUGAUGUUCCAUUUGCAUCUGUUGACAAUAUUGAGGGUACUAGUGGUAGUAUCUACAUCAUGAAGAUGUUAUCGGUGGAAGUCAAUAGCGCUGCACGAAAUUUAGACAGUAUAAAAACGUAACAUUUAGCUCACCUUGUAAAAGGUGCGCAAAAUAUGUACAAUACCGUGCAUUAUUUACAUAUUAAUAUAUGGACUAUAAGUUGUUGAUAAAAAUUUACAGAGAUAAUAAUUUAUAGCAAUCUUAGAUAUAAGAAUUUACAUGAUAAAAAUGUGAAUAUUUAGUGAAUUAUACAAUAAAAAGACAGGUUAACGGGUUUUAAGUGAAUGAUGCUCAUAGAUAUAUUACUCAAAUAUAACAACAUAAUUGUAUAACAUAUAUGAGAACAACAAUUUUAAAAUGCAUAUUUAUAAAGGUAUGCAAUGUAACUUGUAUAAUUGCAUAUCAAUAGGGAAGGAAUGGUUGUGCAUUUAACAGUGAUACAGUCACUUUUAAAAGAUCUUUAUAACUACUGUUAUUGAAAGAAUAUAGUUACACAUAAAUAUUUUACCUGCAGGAUAAGAUGUAAUGCAAUGUGCAAUGUGUCUAGAAAUGAGCAUAAAUAAAUAUUUUGCACAUUUAUAGAUUCAUACAAGAACGAAAUCACAAAGAAAUUUUAUUAUUUAUUAAAAUGUCCAUUAAUUAUUGAACGAAUGUACAUGGGUUUGUGUGUAAAUCAAUAUUGAUCCAAGAUCAGAUAUUAUCUUGUCAAUAGAAAUUAUAUAUUCUUUUUCUGUAUUAAAAUGACACCUAAACAAUUUUGUUGUUUGACAUAUUGAUUUAUUUUAAGAAUUAUACGCUUUUAAUUAGUAUAUAUAUUGUAAAAAUUUAUGUUGCUUGAAUCUAAAUGUUUGUAUGAAUUGAACGCGACUCCAAAUUUACGUUGAACAUACAUGUAAAUAUAUAUAUACGCAUAUACAUAUAUACAUAGAUACACACAUACAACACACACGCACACACAAAUCGAUUUUGUUUCAAUUUUGGUAACAUAUUUCUUGCACUUACUAAUUUUACUGAUUUUCUGCAAUAUAUACAGUAUUUUCAUAUAUUCUUUAUUAUAUACUGCAGGCAAAAAAAUAACUUUUUACAGGAACAUGGCUUGUAUAAUCAACAAAAGACAUAACCACCACUACCAUUGAUUAUAAUUAGAAAUUUCUCAAAUAUAUAUUUAACUUCAAUAAUAUUUUUUCUAAAGAAAAAAAGAGCAAGCAUGAGAUUUAAAAGCUUGAUUACUUAUAAAGAUCUAUACGUAUGAGUUUUUAUGUCACUAUGUGUUUUAGAAUAAAUUGACAUAAUUUACAUUA